GGUGUGUCCACAUUUUUUGACUGGUACUGUGUCGUUUUAAAAAAAAUUGUACAAAUAUAUUAAUAAAAAAGAAAAGCUGAAAUGUCUUGAGUCAAUAAGUAUUGAACUAACAAUAAGUAUUGAACUAACAUGUAGUGACUCAGGGUGUUGAAUACUUAUGUAAUCAAGAUAUAUGACGUUUUAAUUUUUCAUACAUGUUUUACAAACUUUUGAUUUUAUUUUUUUACUAUGACAUUAGAGUAUUUUGUGUAGAUCAUUGACAAAAAAAUGACAAUGAAAUCCAUUUAAUCCCACCUUGUAACACAACAAAAUGUGUAAAAAGUCAAGGGGUGUGAAUACUUUCUGAAGGCACUGUAGAUCCAUGAUUGCCUUUGGCAGCUAAUUGUAUUGCAUAAAAUGUGUAUUGUGUACAUUAAAAUGUGAGUAAGUGAUUUGAUUGGUUCCUCUCUGCAUUCCCUCUCUGAGCUUGGAGCCCACCUCUCUUUCAUCAAAUUUACAUGACCUAUCGCUGUUGACAUCCAUAACGUGUUGCGCUGUGGGCUACGAGGUCUCCCCCACCCGUCCAAUAUAAAUACAGGGAUAGCACUUGCCAAGGCACACAACUUCUGCCCUUUUCCCACUUGAAACAGAUCUCUACCGGCGUUACAGGGAUCUAAUAUCCUCCGUCGCAAUGAAAGUAAGUUGCCUAUUAGGGAGGUACAUUUUGAUCUUUGCGUACUUACAAAUGGAAAUGCGCAUGGCGCACGAAAAUGAUUACCUUCUUGUCAUGUAUUUUGAGCGCAUAUUUGUUUGACAUUGUCCGCUUGUUCAUACGUCAUAACUCUACUUUUACAUGUUUCAGGGUGUGAGGUCUAUUACAGUUUAUGCACUUGCUCUUUUACUUCUGGCAACGCUCGUCUCCCAUUCGUGGAGCGCACCGAAGGGCAGUUUCCAGCGGAGAAAUUGGUCGCCUCAGGCAAUGCUGUACCUCAAGGGCACCCAGGGACGGCGGUUCAUCAGCGAGGACAGAAAAGAAGGAGAUGUAUAUGACACAUUACAUUUAGAGACUCGAAGUCAAAACACAGAGAGGCUCAGUGUGAACCAGGCAGCCACAGUCCUGCUCAACUUCCUGCGGCAAGCCAAGGAGGACAGAGAAGAAAAUCUUGAACAACUGUACUUUCAAGACUUGCCGGCAUGGAAAAGAGAGUACUUCUGAUGCGUUUCAGAAUGCAUUUAUUAUUGUUGAUAACAUUCUAAUCUAUUGCAUCUGUUGAUCUCUUGUUGGAUGUCG